CGCAGAAUAGAAGACGAAGAAGACAAGAGGAGCGCGUCAAGAGAUUGUGGCCCACUUUGUUGUUGUAGCUCUUUGAAUAUUUUGUGUCUGAAACGUGUUUGAUUAACUUUAUUGUCUGGCUUGCCGUCGCAAUGGAGGUUCCGGGACCCGAUAGCGACUGGAGAAGUCCUCAGUUCCGGCAGAAAGUCGUUGCUCAGAUUGAGGAGGCCAAGAGGAAGGCGGGGAGCGGACACAGCAAGUCCAGCACGGACAUGGAGAACCACGUUUACAUCAAAGCCAAGUCCAGAGAGGAGUAUCUGUCCCUGGUGGCCAGGCUCAUCAUCCACUACCGCGACAUCCACAAAAAGACCCUGGGAGGUCCAGAUCCCAUCAAUGCCCUAACUAACCUGACGGGCGUCGGAGGGGGCCCGGGGGCCAUCGGCAUGGGGCCCCGCCCCGCCGGUGCCCCCGUUGGGGGAAUGGGGCCCAUGGCACCCAUGCAGAUAGGCCAGCAUGCCAUGCCCGGGGUGUCUGGAAAUCCACAACCCUUGGGGGGUCCGACCCAGUUGUCCUUGCAGCAGCAACAGCAGCAGCAGCAGCAGAACUUGCAGUUCCAACAGUUCCAGCAGCAGCAGCAGCAGUUCCAAGUUCAACAGCAGAUGAGAGCCCAGCAGCAGCAGAUGCACCAGAACCAACAACAGCAAAAUCAGCAGCAGCAGAACCAGAUGCAUCAGUCUAGGAUGCAGCAGCAGCAGCAGAUGGUGCAGUUACAGCUGCAGCAGCAGCAUGCGCAGGCACAGGCACAGUCCAUUCAGCACAUGGUCCAGCAGCAGGCGCAGGCUCAGCCAGGCCCCAUGCAGCCGCUCCUACAGCAGCAGCAGGCCGCCAUGGUUCCACAGUCUCUGGCUGGACAAAUGGCGCCCGCCCAGCACGUCCCCAUCAACUCGUUGAGUCAGCAGCAGCACCAACUCAAGAUGCAGCAGGCUUUCCAGGCCCGGGCAGCGUUGCAGCAACAGCAACAACAGCAGCAGCAGCAGCAGCAACAGCAGGCGGCCGUACAGGCGCAAAUGGCCGCCGCAUCAGGCCAGCUGGUGCGUCCCAACAUGCAGAUCCCUGCCCGAAUGCCCCGGCCCGCAAUGGCCCCGGCCAUCCCGCCCCCCAAUGCUGCCGCCGUGACGCAGCAGGUGCAGCAGCAUGCCAUGAUGUCGUCCCCCUCGCCCGUGCAGGUCCAGACCCCGCAGUCCAUGCCUCCGCCUCCCCAACCCUCUCCUCAGCCUCCCACCUCACAGCCCAACUCGGCCAGCUCAGGUCCCACGCCGUCUCCGGGGGGCUUUCAGCCCAGCCCAUCCCCCCAACCCUCACAGAGUCCGUCUACCGCCAGGACACCCCAGAACUAUGGUGUCCCCUCGCCCGGCCCACUUAGCACUCCAGGAAACCCAAACUCUGUGAUGAGUCCCGCUGGGGCAGCGUCCCAGGAGGACCAGCAGUACAUGGAAAAACUUAAGCAGCUUUCCAAAUACAUCGAGCCUCUGCGUCGCAUGAUCAACAAGAUUGAUAAGAACGAAGAGCGAAAGAAGGACCUCAGCAAGAUGAAGAGUCUCCUCAACAUCCUCACAGACCCCAAGACCAGGUGUCCUCUGAAGACGCUGCAGAAGUGUGAGAUUGCAUUGGAGAAGCUAAAGAACGACAUGGCCGUGCCGACACCUCCGCCGCCACUGCCGCCCAAGCAGCCGUAUUUGUGCCAGCCACUACUUGACGCGGUUAUGGCCAACCUCCGCUCUCCCGUCUUCAACCACUCGCUCCAUCGCACCUUCGCCCCCGCCUUAUCCGCCAUUCACGGCCCACCCAUCACCGGCCCGUCGGUUCCUUUGCGGAAGAGGAAGCAUGACGAGGAUGAGCGUCAGAAGGUGCCCAACAUCCUGCAGGGCGAGGUGGCCCGGCUGGACGUUAAGUUCCUGGUGCACCUGGACCCGGCCUACUGCAGUAACAACGGCGCCGUGCACCUGCUGUGCAAGCUCGAGGACAAAAACCUUCCUACCGUUCCGCCGCUCCAGCUGAGCGUUCCCGCUGACUAUCCGGACAAUAGCCCCUACUGGGCUGACCACGCCGACCAGUACGGCGCCAACCAUUUCCUGCAGUCGGUGCAUAGGACCCUGGCGUCCAAGCUGCUGCAGCUCCCCGACAAGCACUCGCUGACGGAGGUUCUGCACACGUGGGCGCAGAGCGUCCGCCAGGCCUGUUUGUCCGCCGCGUGAUGGCAACAUCUCAAAUGGCAACCUUUUUUCUCUUUGAACAUUAAUAAAACACCAUCAUCACGUCUGAAGACCA